AUGAAAGAAUUGGGACAAGUAAAGAAGAUACUUGGUUUAGAAGUUCAUAGAUCCAAGAGUGAUGGAGUCAUGCAUUUGAAGCAAAAGAAUUACAUUGAGAAGAUCCUAACAAAGUUCAAGAUGCAAGAUUCUAAGAGCACUAGACAGCAGAAUAGAAAGAAGAAAUCGAAGAAAUUCCAUAUGCAAUGGCUUUGGGAUGUUAAUGUCAAAUCCUGGGAUAAACCAUUGGGGGCACUCAAAUGGUUGUUGAGAUAUUUGAGAGGGACAUCGGAUAUUGGAUUGACUUACAAGAGAGUUUCAGAGAAAGUAACAUUGAAAGGAUAUGUGGAUGCUGAUUAUGCAUCAAGCAAGGAUACUAGAAGGUCUACUACCUCUUAUGUGUUUCAAACUAAUGGAGAUUGUAUUAGUUGGAAAUUACAACUCCAAUUCAUAGUAGCACUUUCAACUACAGAAGCAGAAUUCAUGGCGACCACAAAGGCAUUCAAAGAAGCAAUAUAG